GCGCUCGGAGCGCUCCUGCGGGUACCGUUGCGGGGCCCUCGGCAGCGGGUGGCGCCGAACCGGAGCCGGGACGCCGGUGCAGUCGCUGCGUGCCGAGGACCCGGGCUGCGCAGGGAGCUGGGCCGCAACGUCCGGACUGGGACGGACCCUGUGCUUAGCGCAUUGCGGCGACCUCGCCUUUCCCGGCCGCGAGCGCGCGCCGCAGCUGGAAAAAGCAGCGGAGCCGGAGGACUUUUCUCCGGUCCCCGGGGCGCACCACACCAGUGCUGCAGUCAGUUGCACGCCGUGGCCCCCCCGGAAGGGGCGAUGGAACCCGGGCUGCCAGAAGCGUGAGGAGCCGCCGCCGCCGCCGCGUUCUGGAGAGCUGGGGGCGCACGAUCUGGGGACCCCCGGCGGCGGACCCGAGCCCUCCCCCCCGCCCCGCCUCCGGGGCACCAGCUUCGGCUCCAUUGUUCCCGCCCGGGCUGGAGGCGCCGGGCUCCGAGUGCCGCCGGGAGUCGUGCCUCGGCCGCGGAGCUCCCGCGACCCCGCCAGGACCUGAACGGAGCCCGGGGACGACCGGCUGGAGCGCAAGACACAGGCACCCGCCGCGCCACGGCGAGCUCUCCAGAGGCGGGACCGCAGCGCCAAGUGAGAGACAGCUUGAGAAGGCGGAUCAAGCUCAAGGUGGAGUAUCCAUGGAGGUGUGGAGCCUUGUCACCGACCUCUAAGUGCAGCACUGGGAUGUGGAGCUGGAGGUGCCUCCUCUUCUGGGCUGUGCUGGUCACAGCCGCACUCUGCAUGGCCAGGCCAGCCCCGACCUUGCCUGAACAAGCUCAGCCCUGGGGAGUCCCUGUGGAAGUGGAGUCUCUCCUGGUCCACCCCGGUGACCUGCUCCAGCUCCGCUGCCGCCUGCGGGAUGAUGUGCAGAGCAUCAACUGGCUGCGGGACGGGGUGCAGCUGGCGGAGAGCAACCGCACCCGCAUCACAGGGGAGGAGGUGGAGGUGCGGGAUUCCAUCCCGGCCGACUCGGGCCUCUAUGCUUGUGUGACCAGCAGCCCCUCUGGCAGCGACACCACCUACUUCUCCGUCAAUGUCUCAGAUGCGCUUCCCUCCUCGGAGGAUGACGACGACGACGAUGACUCCUCUUCAGAGGAGAAAGAGACAGACAACACCAAACCAAACCGUAGGCCUGUCGCCCCGUACUGGACAUCCCCAGAAAAGAUGGAGAAGAAGCUGCAUGCGGUGCCGGCGGCCAAGACGGUGAAGUUCAAGUGCCCGUCCAGUGGAACCCCCAAUCCCACUCUGCGCUGGUUGAAAAAUGGCAAAGAGUUCAAACCCGACCACCGGAUUGGAGGCUAUAAGGUCCGCUACGCCACCUGGAGCAUCAUAAUGGACUCGGUGGUGCCCUCCGACAAGGGCAACUACACCUGCAUCGUGGAGAAUGAGUACGGCAGCAUCAACCACACCUACCAGCUUGACGUUGUGGAGCGAUCUCCUCACCGGCCCAUCCUUCAGGCAGGGUUACCUGCCAACAAGACAGUAGCCCUGGGCAGCAACGUGGAGUUCAUGUGUAAGGUGUACAGUGAUCCACAGCCUCACAUCCAGUGGCUAAAGCACAUUGAGGUGAAUGGGAGUAAGAUUGGCCCAGACAACCUGCCGUAUGUCCAGAUCCUGAAGACUGCCGGAGUUAAUACCACCGACAAGGAGAUGGAGGUGCUCCAUUUACGGAAUGUCUCCUUUGAGGAUGCGGGGGAGUACACGUGCUUGGCGGGUAACUCUAUCGGACUCUCCCAUCACUCUGCAUGGUUGACCGUCCUGGAAGCCCUGGAAGAGAGACCAGCUGUGAUGACUUCGCCGCUCUACUUGGAGAUUAUCAUCUAUUGCACCGGGGCCUUCCUUAUCUCCUGCAUGGUGGGCUCCGUCAUCAUCUACAAGAUGAAGAGCGGCACCAAGAAGAGUGACUUCCACAGCCAGAUGGCCGUGCACAAGCUGGCCAAGAGCAUCCCUCUGCGCAGACAGGUGUCAGCCGACUCCAGUGCGUCCAUGAACUCUGGGGUUCUCCUGGUUCGGCCUUCGCGGCUCUCCUCCAGUGGGACCCCCAUGCUAGCUGGGGUGUCUGAAUAUGAGCUUCCCGAAGAUCCCCGCUGGGAGCUGCCGAGAGACCGACUGGUCUUAGGCAAACCUCUUGGAGAGGGCUGCUUUGGGCAGGUGGUAUUGGCAGAGGCCAUCGGGCUGGAUAAGGACAAACCCAACCGCGUGACCAAGGUGGCCGUGAAGAUGUUGAAGUCCGACGCGACAGAGAAGGACCUGUCGGAUCUGAUCUCGGAGAUGGAGAUGAUGAAAAUGAUCGGGAAGCACAAGAAUAUCAUCAACCUGCUGGGGGCCUGCACGCAGGACGGGCCUCUUUAUGUCAUCGUGGAGUACGCCUCCAAGGGCAACCUUCGGGAGUAUCUGCAGGCCCGGAGGCCUCCUGGGCUGGAAUACUGCUACAACCCCAGCCACAAUCCCGAGGAACAGCUGUCCUCCAAAGAUCUGGUAUCCUGUGCCUAUCAGGUGGCUCGGGGCAUGGAGUAUCUUGCCUCUAAGAAGUGCAUCCACCGAGACCUGGCCGCCAGGAACGUCCUGGUGACAGAGGACAAUGUCAUGAAGAUCGCAGACUUCGGCUUGGCUCGAGACAUUCACCAUAUCGACUACUAUAAAAAAACCACCAAUGGCCGGCUGCCUGUGAAAUGGAUGGCGCCUGAGGCGUUGUUUGACCGGAUCUACACCCACCAGAGUGACGUGUGGUCUUUUGGGGUGCUCUUGUGGGAGAUCUUCACUCUGGGUGGCUCCCCAUACCCUGGUGUGCCUGUGGAAGAACUUUUCAAGCUGCUGAAGGAGGGUCAUCGAAUGGACAAGCCCACUAACUGCACCAAUGAGCUGUACAUGAUGAUGCGGGACUGCUGGCAUGCAGUCCCCUCUCAGAGGCCUACUUUCAAGCAGCUGGUGGAAGACCUGGACCGCAUUGUGGCCUUGACCUCCAACCAGGAGUAUCUGGACCUGUCAAUGCCGCUGGACCAGUACUCUCCCAGCUUUCCCGAUACACGGAGCUCUACGUGCUCUUCAGGGGAGGACUCUGUCUUCUCUCAUGAGCCGUUACCGGAGGAACCCUGUCUGCCCCGACACCCGACCCAGCUUGCCAAUGGCGGACUCAAACGGCGCUGACCACCCAGCCUCCCCAGCCUUUUCCCCUCGUUCCGUCAUCACCUGUGCCCCUCGCCCCUAAUUCCCUGCUGGACACACUGCCUUUCCUCUUGUCCUUCGCUGCUGGCAAGAGCCAGUGUGUUAACUGAGGCCUUCCUGUGUGGCCUACCCCAUCAUCACCCCCCCAAGACACCUCUCGCUCUUCUCCACCUGCUGUGGGAGGGAGGAGCCCAGAGGCAGGUUCUUGCCGGUAGCCACUUCCUCCUUCCCAGGUGUUGGACCAAGACCCGCCCCGGCCCCGCUGCUUGGCGCUCCUCGGAGACCUGGGGAGUGGAAGCCAAUGGGGCCUGGCGUGCAAGAGCUCACCGAGUCUCCUGGUUGACCCGUUAGCCUCCUUCCUGUCUGUGUUCUGGUGGGAGCAGCCUUGGGGCUACAGAAGCAGUGGGGUUCGUUUCUGUUCAGGCCUUACCCGAAGGCAGCCUCUGCUCCAGAUGGGUGGUACCGGCGGCUUCUUAAUUCCAGUACUAAUUAUGCUUUGCUGACCAAAUACCUGGUACCAGAAGACAGUGAGGCAGAGAUGGGGAGCAGUGUGAUGUGGCCCUGGGGCUGAGCCCUAGACUCGGGGCUCUGUACAUAGCUAUGAAGAAAACACAAAGUGUAUAAAUCUGAGUAUAUAUUUACAUGUCUUUUUAAAAGGGUCGUUACUAGAGAUUUACCCAUUGGGUGAGAUGCUCCUGGAGGCUGGGAAGCAUCCGUUGCUAUAUAUUAAAAACAACAACAACAACGAAAAAAGGAAAAUGUUUUUUAAAAGGUCAUAUAUUUUUUGCUACUUUUGCUGUUUUAUUUUUUUAAAUUAUGUUUUAAACCUAUUUUCAGUUUAGGUCCCUCAAUAAAAAUUGCUGCUGCUUCAUUUUUAUCCUGGGCGUGUGAAAAGGGAGCAGAUGUCCCCCGGCAAAGGAGGGAGGCAGGGACAAAGGGGCCGUGCCCGGUGGGCACUGGGUGCUUUCUGUAUUUUCCUGUGACCUCCCGGACAACCCCGCUAUCUCUGAUGCUUUGGGAAAGGCGGGGGAGAAAAACGGAGAGACUACCAGCCUGUUUCUUCCGAUCGUAGAUGGUUUCCUAAGAAGGGACGAGACUAGCCAACUGCAAGAUGAACCGCACAGAAACCCUGUCUGGCUGCGCCUGUGCAUCUGAGAGAGAAAACGUCACCCAAAGCUUGUCUCGUCUUUCCCAACCUACUCUUCGUUUUCCUCUCCCAUACAUCUCUUCCCCUUCCCGUGUCCCUGUUACCAGGUUGCAUUUAUUGCCACUGUCCCUGAUCUUGACUUCCUUAUAGUUUUUCCUGUAGAAACUCCACCCAUCCCUCAGGAAGGGGAAAAACAAGCUCCUUUGGUUUGGGUCCGCUUGGAAACUAACUCCUGCCACCUGCUGGUGGUUAUUGUCCUCUUCAAGUGGUACCUUGGCAUCUCACUCAGAUCCACGCUCCUCUAUCCUUGAUGCGUAUUGCUGGGUCGCGGCUGAAUACAAAACAGUUCAAUAUGUUUUCAUCCUGGAGGGGUCAGGGCUGCUUCUUUACAGUCUGAACCAGGCAGUUUUGGUAGCUGUGGUUGUGGUCAUCAUCAUAGAGUUAUCAUUGUUUCUCUCUGUAAACAUGUAACCGUCAAAGUAUUACAAAGUGUUUUUUUUUUUUUUAUGCCAAAAGAAGGCAUAAUUUGGCAAAGAAGGCCAGGGAAUGAAUUUUAGCCCAAACUCAUUUGCUUGGAGACCAUACCAUAGUGUCUUUUCCUUGUUAAAAUAGUGACCAUAAUGUCUGCCUCAGCUCUGCUUGACGCAAUGGUGUGUGAAUGGAUGGGAGACUCGACCAAGGGUUGUGUAUGUUUGACUCAGGGACAGUGCUAGGAACUAUAAGGCCCUGAAGUCCUUGCUGUUACUAUUCAAAUUGCCCACCAAUGUCCCCAGAGAACAGGGAUGGCUAUCAAAUAAAGGACAGUGAAAUUGA